UUUGAUGAAUCCACCAAGGAUUUCACAUAUCUUAUAUCUGGUAAAUCUCUGUCCAAGCGUGCCGUGGAUGUUGAUGGUACUGUUGACUACUAUGGGUCUAACUUCAAUGUAAACCCAAGAGUAUACAGAUGUUAUUACAAGGAUUGUAUCCCACCAGUAGAUCCUUCUACUGUGCCACCUCCAUCAACUCGACCAGAUGAUUUCCAAUAUUGGUCAGACAGUGCCUACUGGGAAGAGUCCAAUUCAAGAAGACGCAGAGCAGCGCCAAGUGAUGGUGAUGAUGUCAUCAUUAGGGCCGAUACAUGGGUGGUGGCAGAUGUAGAACUGCCCUAUAUGAACAAACUGACCAUCU